CUGAGAGGCGGGUCGAAAAAACUCGAGAGGACUUUCGUUCUUGUUUCGCCUCCCGCGACCGGGUGGACUUCGCUGUUCGCUGACGGGGUCUCCCUCCCCCCACUUCUUUUAGGUCUUCCUGUAUCCGAAACCGUCUUAGAGCUGGCAUGACCACUCCGCUCACCGGGCUGGGUUGGACGUCGUCUAAUGUGCCGGUUGCUGGCUGGAUUCCGAUCACAACAACUGUGGAAGGAGCACCUGCUAACUUUGGAAAAGGAUUUGCACAAAAAUAUGGAUAUUACCUCUGCUUUACUGCAUCUCUAGAUACUUUGAAUCCAGCUGGAGAUAUAUUAUAUGAUGUGGUAAUCCUGAGUGAGAAAUCGCCACUACCUUCUGGAUAUAUGUAUGCUAAAGAGUUUCUGGAUCUAAAAACCUCCGUCUCCAAGAAGAAGAGGCUAUGUGUCAAGCUGAUACCAAUGGGUGUGGCAGAAACGGCUGUGUAUGACGUCACACUAAGCAGCAAGAGCAAAGUGAUCCCCAAUUACAUACGCAUUGGGGAAAUAAGUAGUUUUGCCCUUUGGUGUAAAAAGGAACACAUAAACAAGCCUAAACCUCUUCCCAAACCAAGGAGCCUCAGUCUCGAAAUGAAACAGCUUUCAUUAGAAACAGCAAAUGUAAACUCUCUAUCUAUUGGUUCCAAAAGGCAAACUACCAUUAAGAAAAAUGAAUCUAUAUAUGAUACGUCAAAUGCCUGUGGUAUUUCAGCCAUAGAUGGAGUCCCUUUUACUCUGCAUCCUAAGUUUGAGAACAAUGUCACUCGUGGUAACACUGUACUUUCUAUAUUUAAAAACUUCCACAUCAAAUCUCUUGCUGAUAUUGAGAAAGAGUAUGACUACAGUUUUGUAGUUGAAAGAAAUGCAGCUGCGAGACUCCCACCCACCAUUUCAUAGCCUCAGUCAUUUCCUUGAGAGUUCUUGCCACUAAGGUGGUGAAGCUGACUCAACUGAGUGGAUGAAGUGCCUGCCUCAAAGGGAUUGUGCUGUUGGGGGCACUGCUUUACUAGCUGAAACUGGUAUAAUCAUAAUCCUGCUGAUACUAUAUUUUACUAUAGGUACGAGUAGAACUACUUUUGUACAUACUUUUUUUAAGCAACAUAUCUACUUUCUUUGCAAAAAAAA